CUAGCUCGUGAAAAAGAUAUUGGAUAUUGGUUGUUGGUUUUCAAUGUUUGACCUUGUCACAACGAGACACUGUUCAGCACUAAAGUUCGUGCACCGGAGCUCAUUCGAGACUUUACUCUACCAACUUGUGGUUCCGGUUAUGCAUUUCUUAAUCUGAUGCUUGUGCUUUUUCUGACUGUUUUCGAUUGCAUUCUCUAUAAAAUAUAACAUCGCUUACUGCUCCUCACACUACCCCAGCACACAAGUACCCCUGAUUAAACACAAACUUACCGAAUUCUGAAGUUACGACACGUCUGAAUAAUUAUGGAAGGAUGUCUGAAGGACGAACGACACCGAUGAGCUCUGCAGGGACAGGGAUAAAAAGAAUUGGGACUCAUAGCGGUUGUUUCCACUGUGAUGAAGUGCUAGCAAUAGUCCUACUUAAACAUCUUCCCGAAUAUAAGGAUGCUGUCGUAGUGCGGUCCCGUGAUCCAGAAAAACUGUCUGCUUGCGAUGUGGUCGUUGACGUUGGUGAUGUGUAUGAUCCUGAUAAACUUCGAUUUGAUCAUCAUCAAAAGGAUUUUUCAUUAACGUGGUCUAAAUAUUUUGGCGUGAAGUUGUGGGAUGUCAAAUUAAGCAGCGCUGGACUAGUGUACGUACAUUUUGGGAAAAGAGUACUCUCUCUAUUGACCGGCUUAACAACUGAAAGUGAAGUGUUGGAAAAGAUAUUUAUCAAAAUAUAUGAAUCGUUUGUUCUAGAAAUUGAUGGGCAAGACAACGGUAUACCACAGUCAACAGUCCCCUCAAAGUACAAUGUAAAUACUGGUUUAUUUUGCAGAGUUCGACGACUUAAUCCAUGGUGGAAUAAAGAACCAGACGAAUCAGAAACUUCGUUUCAAAGAGCACUUGAUUUAGUUAGUCGUGAAUUCCUUGAUACUGUGGACUACUUUACUAACUGCUGGUGGCCUGCAAGAAAUAUUGUAGCUAAAGCGAUGGUCUGUCGUAAGGAUGUGGAUCCGUCGAGAACUAUCAUAGUACUAGAUAAAUCAUGUCCAUGGAAGAGCCAUUUAUUUGACUUAGAACGUGAAGAACGUAUGGAAACAGUUGUUUACCCAGAACCACUCCGUCAUGCAAGUUAUCGUCCUACACCAAAGUUUCCUCCUCAAAUUCUCUUUGUCAUCCUACCAUCGGAUGGCAAUUGGGUCAUUCAAGCUGUACCAAAAGAGAAAUUCGAAAGUCGGUUACCAUUCCCUAAUGAAUGGCGCUCACUUCAAGAUGAUCAAUUGUGUUCGAUAACUGGAAUACCGGGUUGCAUUUUUGUGCAUAACUCUGGUCACUUAGGUUAUAAUGCAACACGUGAUGGUGCAAUCGAAAUGGCACGUUUUGUUGUAAACAAAUCAAAACUUGAACAUGAGAGUGUCAUUCAAACUACUUUAACUCCACCGAAGUUCAGUCGUGGCCGUGGUCGGUUUUCUAUGAGUAGCCGUACUAAAAGAUGUUAGUUUCUCCUUAUUUUUGAGAUUUUGCUUUGAAAAAAGAGUAGGAGUUUUGAAAUUUUCGUUUUAUUACUGAAUUAUUAUUUUAAACAAUCAGAUAUGAAUUUGUUUUUUUGAGGAUAUUAGUGAUUAUUUUUGUUAUAAUUUCAAACUUUCUAUUACUCCUUAUUUUCAUAACUCACAUAUUGAUGACGGUUAUAGUUGUUAUUAUUUACGUUCGUGUAUUUGUUGUACAGUACCUAUACUUCAAAAUCAACCUGUUGCAACCAUGUUUACACAACCGCAAAAUAUUUCAUUUUAUUCUUCUGUUUUUACUUUUAAUAGUUUUACAAAAUAACUUUCUUUAUCCUUUUUCAA